UACUAACACACUACCAACUACCACAUUAAUUUUUUAGCUUGUUUAACAGUUUUACGUGUUUGUAAAUUACCGUUUGUGUAUAAAGGCGCCAAUUUGGAGAUUUGGAGAGAUUCUUGCAUGCGGAAUUAUUAAAAGCAAUAAUUUACAAUGGUAGGCGUCUCUUUCGAUACGUUAUAUGAACAUUAUAUGGCAUUAUCGGCCGCUAAGGAUAAAAUUGGCGAGCAUACUCGCGAGUACCUGGAAGCAAUUGAAAGUACGAAAGGGACCGAAAGAGAAAAGAAGCUGGCUACACAAAUGAUUGCAAGCUUCUUUAAAUACUUUCCCACAUUGCAAGAGCAGGCACUAGAAGCAAUUUUUGAUAUUUGCGAAGAUAUAGACCCACUUAUACAAAUUGGUGGCGUGAAGGUUCUACCCUCACUUUGCAAGGAUAAUAAAAGCUACACCGGCAAAGUGUCUGAUAUACUAGCGCAGCUCUUACAACUCGAGGAUGCAGCCGAGCACCACAUUGUUUGCACCUCACUUACGGAAUUGCUGCACUUGGACGCUAAAUCAGUCAUCAAAAAUCUGUUCAAGCAGAUUAACGAACGUGACAACGAGGUACGCGACAAAUGUCUCAAAUUCCUACUAACUAAAGUCAAAGGAAUGGAUAAGUCAAUUAUUACGCCAGAAGUUGAAGACGUAAUGAUCACAGAAGUCAAGAAUUCAUUAGUGGACAUUUCAGGACAGGAGUACGUCGAAUUGAUUGACUUAUUGAAGUCCACCCGUAUAAGUCAGUCGUUCACCGGUCAACAGGAGUUGGUGAACAUGGCCGUGGAAAAAGCGGAAUUGCACAAAGAGUUUCAUCCGACCGUGCAAAAUGCUCAGGUCGAUAAGCUUUUAACGUGUAUUAAAAUGGUUACCCCCUACUUUUCGGCUAAAGUUGAAUCGACCAAGUUCGUAACGUACCUGUGUGACAAGGUUUUACCGAAGUUCGACGAAAUUGGAAAAUUGGAAAAGGGAGACCUGUUACAGUUGGCGAUUUUACGACAAUUAGCCGAACUGAGUACUUACUGCGGCCAGUUGGAUAAUCCGUCACUUUACGUUGUUCAAAUAUAUCAAAAACUAAAGGAUUAUAUGCCACCACCCCCAGAGGACACCACAAACCUAACGAUGCCAAUUUUAGAGUUCUCACUCGUCGAAUGUUUACUGUACGCAUUUCACAGGUUAGCCAGACAAUGCCCCGAUUUCCUCACCCACGAUCCUCAAGUAUUGAAAGAAUUUCGGUCGAGACUUACGUAUUUUUCGCGAGGAGUGCAAGGUUGUAGUAAGGCUUUGAAUAAUUUAGAUGUUAAUGAUAAACCGUUGACGGAUGAAGACAAAAAAACGAAAACCGUCGCCCCCAAGCUUCUUAGUAAUAUUACCACACUGAUCAGGGAUCUCUUCUAUCAACCCCCCAAGUAUCAAUGCGUGAUUAAGCUGUCUUUCAAAUCCGAGGAAAUCGCCACUGCUGCCAAAACGACCCCUGAGAAGAUUUCGCCCAGUGGGAAACGGCACACUCCCAUCACAUUCGAGAGUAACGGAUCUGCUACACAGAAUAAACAGUCGCGGGGUGAUGGCGUUCCGUUGUACACUCCUCCGAGUGGAAAGUUUAGCAGUACUUUCAGUAACCGAGGUCGGGGUAGAGGUGCUCGGGGACGUGGGAACCCCAGAAGUUGGCGGAAGUAGAUUUUUAAGUUGGUCUUGUUUUGCUAAUUACAAAUCUUUGUUUAAUUGGUUUUAUAUCACGUGUCCCAAAAAAAAUUUAACUGAUCUUUUGUAUGGCUUGUUUAGAACAAAAAAAAAACAAUUGUAUAGAGUAAAGUGUUGGAUGAUUAUGUUUAGUAAAUUAUGUUACCUAAUAAAGUGUAGCUGAUCAAAUACUUACACCAUGGAUUGUCAAGGGGUCUUGUUAGUACAGUUUUAAUAGAGCCCAUAAAGCAAA